AUUUACCCACAAGUUUGUGAAUUCAUACAUGGAUGUGGAAAGUGGAAGAAGCUAUCAAGUGUUACAACACUUCGUAAAAGUAAAUAAGUUCAAGAAGAGUCUGUUAGGGAGACUAUUUCGUUUGGGUCUGACAACUUUACUGUUUGUUUGUCUCUUUGGCACAGCCAUUUGGAUAUUCAAAAAACUCACAAUUUUGGGAGAAGGAGUUGAAAUAUCGUGGGAAGGAAGUAACGUUGUUCCACUUACCGCUUCCAAUUUUACAUCUUUCAUAUUUGAUAUUGACAAAAGUGUAUUGGUUAACUUCUAUGCUCCUUGGUGCCCUCACUGUCAGCAAUUUGUCCCCAACUUUAUUCAGCUUUCCAAGUUGCUAGAAAACGACACAAAUAUCGUUUUAGCAGCCAUAGAUGCCUGGAAGUAUAGUGAAAUAGCAGAAAGUUUUCAGAUAAAGGGCUUCCCGACGAUCCUCUUAUUUCCUCUGUCCCAAAAACGAACUCCUAUUGUGUAUACUGGUUGGAGAAGAAAUGUAGAGAGUAUCUUAGAAUUUCUCCAGUCGCAGACUUUGUAAGUUCCGAACAAUUAUGGAAAGAAUAAACGAAAGACGGUGAAUAAAUAUUUCAAAGAUGCGAGAGAUUCAACUCUUGGAAUUAUUUAUUCCAUGCCGUGAGCGUCAAGUGGAGUUAUCUGUUUAACAAAUGACAACGGAUAACCUUGUAAGACAAAGCAGAAGAGUUUCAUUUGAAA